UUAUAGGAGUUUAGAGUUACGAACAAGAAGUGUGUCGUGUUCGCUGGACUUUAAUAAAGUUACACAUAAAGAGAGGUUUCCUGUUGUCUAUACGCGAGGACGCUUUAAUAUGAACGUGUUCACGGUUCAAAUUCAUUAUUUGUCAUUGAGUCUCGUUCAGUUCAUCGUUCUCAUAAAAGUGAACGUGUUCAAUGAGCGCCUUCAUUUGCGUUCGUUCAUGCACAAAACUGUAAACAACAUACAUGUAGGUCGGUCAAAAUGUAGGUUUGAGUGAGUAGAGCAAUUGAAUACUUACAGAAUAACACAACUUUUAAUUUUAAUUUUACUAUUAUUAUUUUUUUAUUUAUUAUCUUUUCAAAUGUAUAAAGUGAAAGUUUACAAUAUAUGCUUUUUGCAGUUAUAUCCAUGUACAACCAAUUGUUCAUACACCACAAAACACAAAAUGUGGCACAUGUGGACUCACAUUACAAAAGAAGGGUUUUCAGGGUUUUCUUUAGAUAGUGUAUAAUUAGAAAUGUUUAUUGCAGCAAAUUAGUAAAUUGUUUUAGAUCAAUUUAAUGUCAUUAGAAUCAGUUGUGUUUAUAAGGGCUUGUAACUUUCUCCUAAACAAUUAUCCAAGUAUUUUGGUGAACCUGUUCCAACCUGACACAUGUGCCGUGGUUGAGAAAUGUUUCACUGUGUGUUGACAGGCUUUCAUCACACUACGGAGGGCCGGUACUAUCCCUCUGCAGCAGCCGGGCGGUACGACCUCAGAUUCCCACCUCAGCCUCGCCCCCCCCUGUCUGCCCCCAGCCAGCACAGAAGACCCUGUGAUGCCCCCCCCACGUGGUUCCAACUUCACGCUAGCUGUGUGAGCGACGGCGGGGCACAGGCAGGGGUCUCGGUUAACGUGCCGCAGUUCUCCGUCCCCCCCAUCAUGGGCAUGUCCCAGGUCAGCGUGAUGAACCUGAGCCCUGCAGGAGCCGAGGCGCCCGUGUGCCAUCCACUGGAGAGAAGAAGAACCGUCAGUUUGCCCGACGAGUGCCGAAACAUUUUUAUCACGUAUUCUUCAGACGUGUGCUCAGAGAUGGUUCCUUUCGUGGACUUCCUCACAAAGCAAGGUUUCCGUCCGGCUAUAGACCUAUUUGACGACCCUGUAAGAAGCCUGGACAUCAACAAGUGGAAGGACAGAUACUUAAAAGACCCGUCCUACCUGAUUAUCAUCGCCAUCAGUCCAAAGUAUAAAGCGGACAUCGACGGAUUGGUAGUGGACAGCCUCGGCCUUCACACUAAAUAUAUCCACUCCAUGAUGCAGAAUGAAUUCAUCCAACAAGGCAGCUUGAACUUCAGAUUCAUACCGGUUCUCUUCCUCAGCGCCUCCCAGAAGCACGUCCCCAGCUGGCUUCAGAACACGCACGUUUACCGCUGGCCGCACGACACUGAGGAUCUGCUGCUGCGACUGCUGAGGGAGGACAGAUACGUUCCUCCCCCUGUUCCGAUGGAGCUCACCCUCAUCAUCAGGCCUGUGGCCUCGAGUGCUGCAGCCACACUGUGAAACACUCACUAGCAUUCAUGUGUUAUAUGUUUCUGUUUCAGUCCAUUAAUGAUUAUGUUCUACAAUCCUCAAAAUCGAUCCUGAACAAAACAAUGACAGUCCAUGGUUUAUGCUUUGUUGCGUCCAAUGUAUA